AUGUAUUCCAAAACAACAUUUACUGCAAAUAUACUUUUUUGUUUGCUGCUCCUUCUCAGGUGUUGCGCUGCUAUCCUCGAACCUGAUAAUUCCCUACAAAUAUUUGAUUCCUUCUUAAGUAAUCCAUCAAAAUAUCCAUUAGGAUGUUCACCAAAAAUUACAAACCCUAAAAAGGGUUUGUCAAUGGAACUGUAUUCAUAUCCAUAUCGGAAGAAAGGUUCUCACCCAUGCUGGGAUCCUGCUUAUCUUGAUCCGAAUUUUCCAAGGGUGGGUUACAAAAAAAACAAAUUAAUAGCCCGCGUUGAUGGUGUUAGUGGCGAUAUCAAUUUCAACUUUCACCCUAAAAGACAAUGCACACCAAUAGCCGAUUAUUUACCUCCAAACUUUAACUAUAAUGAACCCAUAACAACUACAAACUUUACGAUGCUUCUUUAUGGCUACUUUAAGCCAAAAGUCACAGGGUUGCAUACAUUCGAUAUAUCUGCAGACGAUUUACUCUUCAUGAAUUUUGGCGCUGGAAAUGCUUUUGACUGUUGUAGGAGAGACUCAACAGCUGAUACUUUUGGAAACUAUGUAGCUUGGGCAAUUUGGGGAAGGCGAAUAGUGCGUAACAAACUUACUGUGCGUUUAGAUAAAGGGAUAUACUAUCCAUUAAGACUUUUUUUCAAUAACAGAGAUUACUACGGUCAGAUGAGACUUACAUUUAAAACAGAACAUGGAUCAGAGCGCAUAACAGAUUUCUCAGAUUACUUUUUUUCGGUUGAUGAUACUUCUGAAGGAUGCCCAGGUCUGAUAACUUAUGAAAGUGAAUGUGCAGAUGUGAAAUCAUCAACAGUUCUAGAGACAGAUUAUAUUACUAUCCAAGCUGAGAAAGAAGUGUUACCAAUUAUAAAAACGAUAUAUUAUGUCGGUAUCCCGUGUAGCUCUAGUCAAUCUAUAUAUGGGUCAUCAUCAUCGUCAUCAUCAUCUAAAAGACUGGACUGCCCUUCUGGUCUUUUCUUUGAUCCAUUAGCGGAAAAAUGUGUUAGUAUAUCAACACCUCCUCUCCCUCCUAUACCAUCAUCGUCAUCAUUGCCAACAUCAUCACAAGAAUAUUCAUCUAGCUCUCACCGAGUCCCCAGUAGUUCUCAUGCUCUGAUUCACAGCUCAAGCGUCGUAAUAUCAACUAUCUCAAGUUCGAUACCAAGUUCGAUGCCAAGUUCGAUACCAAGUUCGAUGCCAAGUUCGAUGCCAAGUUCGAUACCAAGUUCGAUGCCAAGUUCGAUACCAAGUUCGAUGCCAAGUUCGAUACCAAGUUCGAUGCCUAGCUCGGUGAUCAAGCCAUCGACAGUUUCGAACCACUCGAGUUCGAUACCAAGUUCGAUACCAAGUUCGAUGCCAAGUUCGAUACCAAGUUCGAUACCAAGUUCGAUGCCAAGUUCGAUGCCAAGUUCGAUACCAAGUUCGAUGCCUAGCUCGGUGAUCAAGCCAUCGACAGUUUCGAACCACUCGAGUUCGAUGCCAAGUUCGAUACCAAGUUCGAUGCCAAGUUCGAUGCCUAGCUCGGUGAUCAAGCCAUCGACAGUUUCGAACCACUCGAGUUCGAUGCCAAGUUCGAUACCAAGUUCGAUACCAAGUUCGAUGCCUAGCUCGGUGAUCAAGCCAUCGACAGUUUCGAACCACUCGAGUUCGAUGCCAAGUUCGAUACCAAGUUCGAUACCAAGUUCGAUGCCAAGUUCGAUGCCAAGUUCGAUACCAAGUUCGAUGCCUAGCUCGGUGAUCAAGCCAUCGACAGUUUCGAACCACUCGAGUUCUAUACCAAAAUCCUCUACUCCCACGGGAGAUAUCCCAGAGCCACGAAUUCUUAAUAUUACUACCACCACCACCAAUCAUAGUAGUGAAACACCACCGUUUUCAAGCUCUGACAGUAGCUCCUACAUCGAGUCAAGUAUUAUCUCUAGUUCUUCAUCCUUUGAGUUGAGGUCGGUCUCGACCCCGAAACUAAUAUCCUCAACAAUGGUACCAAUUUUCAGUAAGACUAAAAGCUCUACUCGCUCACACAUUUACUGGAAUAGCUCAACUAUAGAAACAUCUUCAUCACUGAGUCCAAGUCCAAGUCCAAGUCCAAGUCCAAGUCCAAGUCCAAGUCCAAGUCCAAGACCUGACCCUCAACCAAGUCCAAGACCGGACCCUCAACCAAGUCCAAGACCUGACCCUCAACCAAGUCCAAGACCUGACCCUCAACCAAGUCCAAGACCUGACCCUCAACCAAGUCCAAGACCUGACCCUCAACCAAGUCCAAGACCUGACCCUCAACCAAGUCCAAGACCGGACCCUCAACCAAGUCCAAGACCUGACCCUCAACCAAGUCCAAGACCUGACCCUCAACCAAGUCCAAGACCUGACCCUCAACCAAGUCCAAGACCUGACCCUCAACCAAGUCCAAGACCUGACCCUCAACCAAGUCCAAGACCUGACCCUCAACCAAGUCCAAGACCGAAUCCUCAACCAAGUCCAACUCCGAAGCUACUGUCCGAUUUUUCAUCAUUGCAUCAUUCACGCUCUCUAAAUGCCAUUUUUAGAAGCGCCACAAGCCGGCAUGAUACUUACACCACUAUUUCUGCUUUUUUUACCCCACGCUUAUCACUACAAAUCACUACACUAGUACAACAACCAACAGCGUCGGAUGCUUUGAAUAGCUUGUACCUUGGUGGAACAUAUCGUCUCAAUGUUAGUUACUUUUUAUUUCCAGCGCUUUUAAUAUUUACAAUUGCCAAUAUUCUUGUUUAG